AUGCCCAACUAUGCAAGGUUCAUGAAUGAUCUAUUAUCAAGGAAGCGUAAGUUGCAGGAAUGUGAGACGGUGAAUCUGACGGAGGAAUGUAAUGCUAUCAUCCAAAAGAAGUUACCUAUCAAAGUCAAGGAUCCAGGGAGCUUCAGCAUUCCAUGCAUUAUAGGCAAAGUGGAAGUGGACAAUGUUUUAUAUGAUCUUGGAGCUAGCAUCAAUGUCAUGCCACUCUCCAUGAUGAAGAAGCUGGGGAUUACUGAAGUGAAGCCUACAAAGACGAUAGUGCAACUAGCUGACCGUUCUUCAAAGCAAGCUUAUGGCAUCAUUGAAGAUAUAUUGGUUAAGGUUGACAAGUUCUUCAUUCCUGUUGAUUUUUUCAUCCUUGAAAUUGAGGAAGAUGCCACAAUUCCAAUGAUCUUCGGAAGACCCUUCUUGGCAACUUCAGGAGCACUAAUUGAUGUACUUAAGGGCGAGCUGAUAUUACGGGUAGACGGAGAGCAGGCAACUUUCAAGUUCUUUGACAAAGAAGUCCCCUCAUCCGUAGCUCAACCGGAAGAUUAA